AGACGUCGUCCGUCAGUUGGAUGUUCAGCUUUGGUGCUUGCCGUACGCAGAGUUCGAGCUCCCGGGCAGAAGUAGAAGCUGAAGCACAGAAACAGUUGUGAAGUGAAGUGAAGUCAACGUAAUCGUACCGAGGUGUUCUACCUUCCUAAACAGAACCUAAACGCACAUACACACAGCUACUAUAUCGGCAAUUAAAGAGCUUACACAAUGUUCCUGCCGGAGUCCCAAGCCGCCUUCAGGACCUUGCGCAAGGCGAUUCCUCGCGUAAGGCUCUACUUUAUCAAUAAGAAUGCCUACUCCACCCAGGUGGAAUACAAACCCAUAAGAUCGGUGCUGGUGGCCAAUCGUGGUGAGAUUGCCAUUCGUGUAUUCCGAGCAUGUACUGAAUUGGGUAUCAAGUCGGUAGCCGUCUAUUCGGAGCAGGACAAAAUGCACAUGCAUCGCCAGAAAGCCGACGAAUCGUAUAUGGUCGGCAAGGGACUUCCUCCUGUGGAGGCCUACCUAAACAUUCCAGAGAUCAUUCGCGUGUGCAAGGAGAACGACAUUGAUGCAGUGCAUCCCGGUUAUGGAUUCUUGUCCGAACGCAGUGAUUUUGCUCAGGCUGUAAUCGAUGCUGGCCUUCGAUUCAUCGGUCCAUCUCCAAAUGUGGUGCAGAACAUGGGUGACAAAGUGGCUGCCCGUAUUGCAGCAAUUGAGGCUGGUGUCCCCAUUGUGCCGGGUACAGACGGUCCAGUAACAUCCAAAGAAGAAGCUUUGUCAUUCUGUCAAAAACAUGGCCUUCCAGUGAUAUUCAAAGCAGCCUACGGCGGAGGAGGUCGCGGCAUGCGUGUGGUCCGUAAAAUGGAGGAGGUUGAAGAGAGUUUCCAACGUGCCAGCUCCGAGGCUAAGGCCGCCUUUGGUAACGGCGCCAUGUUUAUUGAAAAAUUUAUAGAACGACCUCGCCACAUUGAAGUCCAACUGCUCGGUGACAAGGCCGGAAAUGUUGUACAUCUAUUCGAACGUGAUUGCUCCGUGCAGCGUCGUCACCAAAAGGUUGUCGAGAUCGCACCUGCUCCCCGACUGCCCAUCGAGAUCAGAGAUAAGAUGACUGAGGCGGCUGUACGUCUAGCCAGACACGUGGGAUACGAGAACGCAGGCACUGUGGAGUUCUUGUGUGAUGAAUCCGGAAACUUCUACUUCAUCGAAGUGAAUGCCAGGUUACAGGUGGAGCACACAGUCACGGAAGAAAUCACGGGCAUCGAUCUGGUUCAGUCUCAAAUACGCAUUGCCGAAGGAAUGACCCUUAAUGAGCUAGGACUCACCCAGGAGAAAAUAGUUCCCCGAGGAUUUGCCAUUCAGUGUCGCGUCACUACCGAAGAUCCCGCCAACGACUUCCAGCCCAACACUGGCCGCCUUGAAGUUUUCCGCUCCGGAGAGGGCAUGGGCAUCCGUCUGGACAGUGCCUCCACUUACGCUGGUGCCAUCAUUUCGCCCUACUACGACUCGCUGCUGGUCAAGGUGAUUUCCCAUGCAAGUGAUCUUCAAAGUUCAGCUGCGAAAAUGAAUCGAGCACUGCGCGAGUUCCGUAUUCGUGGCGUCAAGACAAAUAUUCCUUUCCUCCUGAAUGUGCUGGAGAAUCAAAAGUUCCUGCACGGUGUGCUGGACACGUACUUCAUAGAUGAGCAUCCGCAGCUCUUUAAAUUCAGUACUACCCAGAAUCGUGCUCAGAAACUAUUAAACUACUUGGGUGAAGUGUUGGUAAACGGACCACAAACGCCACUGGCGACCAACUUGAAGCCUGCGGAGGUGAAUCCUCAUGUUCCCACAGUGCCAUUGGACCUGUCUCCGGAAGCGUUAGAACGUGAAAAAAACGGAGAGGCGAAAGUGACGGAACCGCCACAAGGUCUACGUGACAUUAUUGUGCGAGAAGGACCAGAAGCCUUUGCAAAGGAAGUGCGCUCCAGAAAGAACCUGAUGCUGAUGGACACCACAUUCCGAGAUGCCCAUCAGUCACUGUUGGCGACGCGUGUUCGCACCCACGAUCUGCUGAAGAUAUCGCCAUAUGUGGCGCACAAGUUCAACAAUCUCUACUCCCUGGAGAACUGGGGAGGAGCUACAUUUGAUGUGGCCCUACGAUUCCUGCACGAGUGCCCAUGGGAACGCCUGGAGGAGAUGCGGAAGCGCAUUCCGAAUAUACCAUUCCAAAUGUUACUGCGCGGUGCCAAUGCCGUUGGCUACACCAGCUACCCAGACAAUGUGGUCUACAAAUUCUGUGAACUCGCGGUGCAAACUGGCAUGGAUAUUUUCCGAGUUUUCGACUCCCUCAACUACUUGCCGAACUUGAUCAUUGGCAUGGAGGCGGCGGGAAAGGCGGGCGGAGUUGUGGAGGCUGCCAUCUCGUACACAGGAGACGUGAGUGAUCCCAAGCGCACCAAGUACGAUCUGAAGUACUAUACUAACUUGGCUGAUGAGCUUGUCAAGGCCGGAACACAUGUCCUGUGCAUCAAGGAUAUGGCGGGUCUUUUGAAACCCGAAUCAGCGAGGUUGCUAAUCACUGCCAUCCGGGACAAGCAUCCGGACUUGCCAAUUCAUGUUCAUACUCAUGACACUUCUGGAGCGGGUGUUGCCUCUAUGCUCUCUUGUGCCCAAGCCGGAGCAGAUGUUGUCGACGUGGCUGUGGAUUCCAUGUCCGGCAUGACCUCGCAACCCAGUAUGGGAGCUGUGGUUGCGUCGUUGCAGGGAACUCCCUUGGACACACAGUUGGACUUGCGUGAUGUUUCCGAGUACUCGGCCUAUUGGGAACAGACCCGAACAUUAUACGGACCCUUCGAAUGCACCACCACGAUGCGUUCGGGCAAUGCCGAUGUUUACCUUAACGAAAUUCCCGGAGGGCAGUAUACGAAUCUGCAGUUCCAGGCCUUCUCACUGGGUCUGGGCGACUUCUUUGAGGAUGUGAAGAAAGCUUACAGAGAAGCCAAUUUCCUGCUGGGAGACAUUAUUAAAGUCACACCAUCGUCCAAGGUUGUCGGUGACUUGGCACAGUUCAUGGUACAGAAUCAUCUGACAAGUGAACAGGUGCUGGAAAGGGCUGAGGAGCUCUCGUUCCCCAAGUCGGUGCUUGAGUACCUCCAAGGCUACAUCGGCAUCCCGUACGGCGGCUUUCCUGAACCACUGCGGUCACGUGUUCUGAAGGACAUGCCUCGCAUUGAAGGACGACCAGGAGCUAAGAUGGAACCCUUGGACUUUGAUAAGCUGAAGGCUGAACUGAGCGAAUCUCAUGCCAACAUCACUGAUCGAGAUGUCGUAUCGGCAGCUCUUUAUCCUCAAGUAACCAACGAAUAUUUGCAUUACCGUGAGAAAUACGGCCCUGUCGACAAGCUGGACACACGCAUGUUCCUUACGGGUCCAAAGGUGGGCGAAGAAUUCGAGGUGUCUCUGGAACGCGGCAAGACAUUGAGCAUGAAGGCAUUGGCCAUGGCUGCCGAUCUCAAAGCGAACGGAAAUCGCGAGGUCUUCUUUGAAUUGAACGGACAACUGCGCUCCGUCCACAUUCCCGACAAGGAGGCAAUGAAGGAAAUUCGUGUGCAUCCCAAGGCCAAUAAGACGUUGAAGAGUGAAGUGGGAGCUCCAAUGCCAGGAGAUGUCAUUGAUAUUCGCGUCGAGGUGGGCGACAGAGUCGAAAAGGGUCAUCCUCUGGUUGUGCUCUCAGCGAUGAAGAUGGAAAUGGUUGUUCAGUCACCAAUCUCCGGAGUUGUCAAGAAAUUGGAAAUCACGAAGGGCAUGAAACUGGAGGGCGAUGAUCUAAUCAUGAUCAUUGAGUAAAUGCACACGAAGAUAGUCAAUAUGUGUAUAUAUCUAUGCCUAUACCAUAUACAUAAAUGUUGAGCGUGUUAUCAUCGUAUCAACAAAAUUGAAAUCUAUUACCUUAAGUCAAACGAUGAAUGAUAAAUCUUGUUUCCCUUUUAUAUUUUAUAUGCGUGUAUUUGUGUAUGCAUAAAUACAUAUGCUUGUAUGUAUGUAUA